AAGUCCACGGCAGAAAUUAAGUCGAAGGCUUUUCAGUUUCUGGGUCACUGUACGAGAACUAAAUGCAAGAGAGAGAGGUUCUCGAGUCUGAGAUAAAAGAGAGAAAGAGGAAAAAGAGAAAGGAAAAGAAAAUGGAAAGGAAAGGAAAAGCUGAAGAGAAAGAAUUAAUGGUCAUGAAAAAGUUGAAACGCGGUUUUCUGGUAGGAAAAAGAGCAGCCCCCUCGACUCCUUCUCCUACAUGGAAGCUCCAUCUCUCAUCAUCACCAUCUCCUCCAAACACGACCAAAGUGUCCGUGUCUGCUAGACAGCUCUGUGCUAGUCUCUGGGACAUUCACCCUCACCCACCUCCUCAUCUCUUAAUGAACAAGAAACUUGCAAAGCUCCGUCACCACCCCCCCAACAACAACCAAACUUUUCAUCUUGAUCCUCCAAAUACUCCCCCUACACCUCAUCAGGUAGAAAGUAGAAGCAGCUUGAGGAGGCAUGCUGCAGCAUCACUGGUUCAUCAUCAUCAAUCCAAUGGCUGCAGUUUACAGCCUGUCUCCCCUACAAGUGAUGGUAGCUCAAUGGAGCUUACACAUUAUAAUCCUGCAGUCACACAUAGCAGUUCUUUGGAGUUUAACAGUAGAACGGCUAAAUCAAGUUAUAGCCUUAAAACAUCAACUGAGCUUCUGAAGGUGCUGAAUAGAAUAUGGAGUCUUGAAGAGCAGCAUGCAUCUAACAUGUCAUUGGUGAAAGCUCUCAAGAUGGAACUGGAUCAUUGCCAGGCCCGAAUCAAAGAAUUACUGCGGGAAAAGCAAAAGGAUAGGCAAGGGAUGGAUGACUUAAUGCAACAAGUUGCAGAGGAAAAAGUUGUUAGGAAGAAUAAGGAGCUAGAUCGAAUCAAAGCUGUCAUUGAGUCGAUGAGAGAUGAAUUAGAAGAUGAGAGAAGGUUGAGAAGGCACUCAGAAAACCUUCACAGAAAGCUAGCUCGCGAGCUUUCUGAGACGAAGGCUUCUUUCGCGAAUGAAUUGAAAGAACUUGAAAGAGAGAGGAAAGCAAGGAUUCUAUUGGAGAAUUUGUGUGAUGAGUUUGCAAAGGGAAUUAGAGAAUAUGAGCAAGAAGUGCGGGCAUUAAAACACAAAUAUCAGACAGAUCAUACCGGCAGGGAAGACUCUGACCGAUUAAUUCUCCAUAUUUCAGAAGCAUGGCUUGAUGAGCGUCUGCAAAUGAAGCUAGCAGAAGGCCAGAGUGAUAUUACAGAAUAUAACACAAUUGUGGACAAGUUGAGUCUUGAUAUAGAAACUUUCCUUUGUUCAAAACGCUCUAUUCACCCACAUGAAAAGAGAAAAAGUUGCUCGGUUAGACAUUCUGUAGAGUCAUUUCCACUGAAUGGGACUAUAAGUGCACCCCAUGACCUUGCUGAUGAAGAAGAUUAUAUUCAUAGUGAUUACCAGAGUGCAAGUGGAAGACGAAGUAAAAAUAGCUCUAAACAACAAGAUGUUAUUACUUCAGAAGGCCAUCUUGAAGAAUUAAUAAACUCAAAUUCUAUAAAGAAAAAGGUUCGAUCGAAGGAAGUCACAAGGAUUCACAACUUGUCCGGUUUGGAACCAGUGUUUGAUGAGCAUGCUGCCAGAGGCAAUACAAAAUCAAAUGAUAGUGAAUGGAAUGACCCACGAGAAGAGAACUGUGGAGCUGCACAAGAAGAUCUAUACAAAAAUAAAACCAAACCAGUCGAGAUUUGCGUAUCGAGCCCUAAUCAAGUUCUUGAUCACUUAAUCAGAAAUCAAUCUUUGUCAUCUGAAGGUGAUAAAGUCCAUCCUGAGAUUGAUUUAAGGGGAGAUUCUUGUGUUCGUGCCAGUCCUUUGCAACAAUGGAUAUCGAAACGGACUUCUUCGGAUUUUGACAAUGCUGAAUCUGCUUCCAGAUUGCCUCAUAGCAUUCAAAAAGACACCCUACAUGCAAAACUAAUUGAAGCACGGUUAGAGGGCAGGUACCAUUGUUCAAGACGAGCAAAAGCUUUCUUUUAGGUCUGGGAGACCGGUAGAUAUUCAUCAAGUGCUAGAAUUUUGAUAGGUUAUUGUAAUUUCCCAUUAUCAAAUUAGGCGAGGCAGUAAAGAAAAAAUUCAAGAUCAGAUCAUGCAUGGUUACUCGAAUCCAUAUUAAAGCUGCCUCCUGGUCUCCCUUCCUGUCCAAAUUUCUCUGAACCACAUAGUUUUGCACUCCAGAAAUGCACUUACUUUCAAACUCGGUAGCUUUGAUAUAUGUACACAUUUUAUCAUAAUAUAAUUUUUUAUUAAAGGACGCAGGAGAGUACACCAUUGAACU